AUGGCCACGAAAGGACCAAAGCCUAAAAUCCUUCCAUUUGAUCCACACGGAGACAGGCUAAAUUUAGGCAGACGUUGGGAGAGAUGGCUGGAAAGAUUUGAGCGAGAUCUCAAGUACAAUGGCUGCGACCCCAACGAAGCAGAAAACAGCGAAACAGCACAAAUGGCAUUGUUGAUUUACGCGGGAAUACAAGUAGAGGAUAUCCAUGACUCCCUGCUUUCCCCCACCAGACCGUCAAGCGUUUCCAACGAACAGUGGACGGAGUAUCGACAAUCGAAGGAAAAACUAAACCAAUAUUUUCUCCCUCAAAAGUCAAAUGACUUUGCUUUAUUCGAGCUCAUGCGAGUGAGACCAGAAGAAGGCGAAAGGACUGGGAACUGUGCAGCAAGACUAAGGAAAGCGGCCGAGAAAUGUGGCUUUGCGAACUGGACGGCAAACAAAAUGAUAAAAUGUCUUAUCAUAAGUAACCUACAUGACGACCAGCUACGAUUGAUAUGUUUGCGAAAGGAGCUGACACUUGACAAGUUACUGGAAAAAACACAAAAGAGAGAAGAUGCCAUGGUCAUGAAUGAGGUCAUGCACAAAAAAGACGGGGAGAAAGAGAAGUUAAAUAGAGUGAAGCAACGAUAUCCAUUUAAAGGUCCACACACACGGAAGGAAGGUCUACAAGAAAAAGGUAAGUACAAAAGCAAAGGCAGAGACGAAGAACAAUGCUUGCGCUGUGGUAGUCGACGACACAAAACGUGAGCGGAAUGCCCAACCCUAGGGAAGAAGUGUGACUUUUGCAAGAAAACAGGACAUUUUGCUAAGGUUUGUUUUAAAAAGUUGGUAAACAAUAUAAAAGAAAAGCCCCCUCAGAGUGAUACCGAUGAGAGCGAUUAUGACGGGCAGGUAGCAAAGGUCGCAGAAAGGGAUCUAGUGCACUUGACAAACAACUCUAACGUCGAGUAUGGGCAAGCUACAACAGACGACCAGACUUUUAAUGUGGGAACACGCCCGGCUCUGGUCAAAGCCAAAAUGGAUGGUCGCGAGUUGACAUGA